AUGAAGUUAUUCCUUCUGGUAUUCCUGAUGAACAAAGUAGUUACCCUGAGCUGCCCUGCAAGUGAUGCUUUCCUUGUUCCACAUGAGUGGUACCAGCCUGGUGGCCUUAUCAUUGGUGGGAUGGUGUCUCACAUUGUGUACCACUUUUAUGAAAUUGACUUUAAGGAACAUCCAUCUUUAAAAGGUUAUGGCUUACCACUUUUAAUAACCAAAUUCUACCAGCACGUCCUUGCCUUGGCCUUUGCUGUGAAGGAGAUCAAUGAAGACUCCCAGAUCUUACCUAACGUCACUCUUGGGUUCCACAUCUAUGACAGUUAUCACAAUCCAAGGAUGACCUAUCGCACCACUCUGGACCUGCUUUUCAAAUCCCAGGAAUUUGUCCCUAACUACAAAUGUGAUAGCCAGAAGAAUCUCAUGGCCAUCAUAGGAGGAUUAGGCUCGGAUACAUCAUUUUAUAUGGCAGAAAGUGUAAAUGUCUACAAAAUUCCACAGUUGACUUAUGGCUCUUUUGCCCAAGAAGAGUUGAGGACUACUAAAUUAUCUUCACUUUAUUGCAUGGUCCCAAAUGAGGAUCAACAGUACACUGGAGUUCUACAACUUCUUCUUCAUUUUGGAUGGACGUGGAUAGGAGUCUUCACUCUUGAUACUAAUAAAGGAGAACGUUUCUUCCAGAAAUUGCAGUCAUGGCUUUCCCAGAAUGGCAUCUGCAUAGCUUUCUCACAAAAUAUUCCACAAUUAGUAAAUUUGGAAAACGUGUCUCAAUUACUUCAGGGAAACUCCGUUAUCUGUAAAAAACUGAUAGAUCAGAAAGCAAAUGCUUUUCUUGUCUAUGGAGAGUCGUUCACAGUUUUGUGGCUCAGAGUUGUUGUGUUUCUGUGUGAACUAGAGGAUGAAGAGAGCACAUCCUUUAGAAAGGUUUGGAUUCUGAUGAACCCAAUUGAUUUCAUACUGACAGUAUUCCAAAGUGGUUUUGAUCUCCAGGUGUUCAAUGGGGCUCUUUCCUUUACAGUGCAUUCAAGAGAAGUUCAAGGUUUCAAAGAAUUUCUUCAAGCCAUCAAACCUUCAACCCAGAAAGAUGGAUUUCUUCAAGAAGUUUGGGAGCAAUUAUUUGACUGUUCCUUUUCAAAUGAAGAACUUUCUGAUAAAAUUUGUACUGGAGAAGAGAAUUUGGAGAAUCUGCCUGCGCCUCUGUUUGAGUUGCAGAUGACUGGCCAAAGCUACAGUAUCUACAAUGCUGUCUAUGCAGUGGCACAUUCUUUGCAUGACGCAGUGAGUUCAAGAUCCCAAAAGAGAGAUAUUCAAAGGUUUGAAUUUCCAGAUCUUCAGCCUUGGCAGAGAGUUAAAGUUGGAGAGUUAAGGUCCAGUGCUCCAGAAGGAAAAGAACUCAUCAUUGAGAGGAACACAAUCCUUUGGCACCCUGGAUUUAACCAGGUUCUUCCACUUUCUCGGUGUAAUGACCAUUGUUCCCCUGGAUUUUGGAAGAAAGGAGAUGAAGAAAAAAAAUUCUGCUGCUAUGACUGUGUUCGAUGUCCAGAAGGAAAGAUUUCAAAUCGAAUGGAUAUGGAUGACUGUUUUGAAUGUUCAGAAGAUCACUAUCCAAAUAAGGAAAAGAUAGAAUGCAUUGUGAAACCAGUGAUAUUUCUAAAUAUUGAAGAAACCCUAGGAAUUGGUCUAGCCACAAAGGCUAUUUCUUUCUUCUUCCUCACAAUGUGGGUACUUGGAACUUUUAUUAAGCACAGGGAUACUCCCAUUGUCAAAGCCAACAACCGGUCCCUCACCUACACCCUCCUUGUCUCUCUUCUGCUCUGUUUUCUCUCCUCUUUCUUCUUCCUCAGCCAACCUGGCAAAGUGACCUGCCUUCUCCGGCAAUCAAUGUUUGGUGUCACUUUCUCAGUGGCCAUUUCUAGUGUACUGGCCAAAACUAUUACUGUGGUUGUGGCUUUCAUGGCCACUAAACCAGGAUCUCAGAUGAGGAGAUGGGUGGGGAAAAGAUUGGCCUUUUCUAUUGUACUUUCCUGCUCCCUCUUACAAGUAUGUAUUUGUAUAAUUUGGUUGUCAACAUCUCCCCCAUUCCCUGAGUUGAACAUGCACUCAGAACUCCAAAAAAUCAUUUUGCAAUGCAAUGAAGGGUCAGCUCUCUUCUUCUACUGUGUCUUGGGCUACAUGGGUAUCUUGGCCAUUGCCAGCUUUAUUGUGGCUUUCCUUGCCCGUAAAUUACCUGACAGCUUUAAUGAAGCCAAGUUCAUCACCUUCAGCAUGUUGGCCUUUUGCAGUGUGUGGAUCUCCUUCUUUCCAGCCUAUCUGAGCACAAAAGGCAAAGCCAUGGUAGCUGUGGAGGUCUUCUCCAUCUUGGCAUCCAGUGCUGCAUUACUGGGAUGCAUAUUCUUGCCAAAAUGCUACAUCAUUGUUUUCAGGCCUCAGCUAAACCACAGGGAGCAACUGAUAAAGAGGACUUAG